UUGACGUGCUUUCGAAUUGCUAGGUUGGCAGGAGCAGGGACUGAGCAACGGGAGCUCCCCCCAUCACGGGGAUUCGAACCGCCGACCUUCUGGUCGGCAAGCCCUAGACUCAGUGGCUACCCACAGCACCACCUAAUAGUACGUUGUGCCAAAUUAGGCCUGGCCGAUAUAUCAGUGUGUCGCCCAGGACUGGUAUGAGGGGCAGACCACGGCAACAGCUUCACUCAGUGGUAUAUCGCUGGUGAAACUGUUGCCGCUCCAGCACUCAGCAUGCUAAGGCAAAACCAAGCGGCAUAGGUUUGGUUCCAAUUGGCUACUGGUAAUAAUGGUUCACAUUAAGUUGGAGUUUUGGUCCUAGAUGGCAGUGAACAACCAGUUAACUGUGCCUGGAAUGAUAGGAUGGGUGUAGAGGUAUAGGCUUUGGAGCUAAAAUAUCAUGGGUAUUACACUCCAGCUUCUAUCCAAUAAACAGAGAAACUGAACUGAAAGAGGUACUUUUCAGUGCUAAUAUUUCUUUUUAGUGCAUAUAUGCAAAAUAGGGGAAGCUCUCUUCCUCCUCUCUCUCAUAACUGUUGCUUCUUAUAUAGUACUUAAGAGUCUAAUUAGAACUGUAAUCUUACAUAGCUCCCAUACAUUUCAGAAUUUCCAGUUGUCCUGGGUACAACUAAAUGUGAUUUACCAGUGUCCCAGUUAAGUUGCAUGGAAAAUGUGCCACAUGCAGGAUAAACCUGGAUAGAACACUUACCUCUUCUAAUAAUCUACCACUGUUACUGUGGUUGACAAGUGACAGAGAGGCUUGCGUAUCUAAAUAUAAUUUUUUCCUGCCUUCUGUAUUUCAGGCACCUUCCUUGGUGACUGAUUCUCUUUUUGCCACUUCAUUAAGGUCGGAUUCAAUGUGUCCCUUUGUAAAUAAUGCAUAAUAAAAAUGUAUUUGGAGUGAUUUGGGUGAGAACUAGCUGUUGUGUCCGAAUUUCGUGUGUAUGGUUGUCUGAGUGUUGAGAUGUUUUAAUUAGCACCUGACCACUUAAGUUCUGGCUUGAUUGGAAAAAAGUAUGCUUGUUUCUCUGGAUAUAUUUGUGCAUAUAAAUACCUAGGAGCAUUGAACUCUGAGGUUUCCAUGUAAUUUAUUUUCAGUGUGUAGUGUAAACUGCUGUGCUGUAUAUACAUUUUAUAUUUAUGUCAGAAAAGGGUUGCAGAGGGGUGCUUUAAAACCACCUUUUCAGCUCUAAAUAGCUAUUGUGUACAUAUGGUAAGGUACUGCUGCUUAACAAUUAGUAACUGCUUUGAUGAAACUAAAUUACAUGUUUAAGUUCCCAUCAGGAAGUCGCUUCACAUAUCUGUAUUAAUGUAUUCAAGGCUCGAGAAGGAAAGUUAAUUUUCCAGCUUAAAUAUUUAAUUCAAGCUUAAAAUUUAGUCUGUAAUUAGAGUUCCCAAAUGGCAGGAACAUGGAGUAUUUGUCCAUUUUAAUUAGAUUGUUGUUUACCUAUUAAUUAUAUAUCAUAUCUUGUCAUAUAGUUUUGAUGGUAACAGAUGGUGCUAGGAGUUAGUAAGGGUUUGAACAAAAUAAGAUUCCACAUGAUUUAUUAAGUUGCACUUUAUUAGUAUGUGGUCUGCUUUAGUCAGGUUAUUCUCCUGAAUAAGAACUUUGAAACAUUGUACACAUGUUGAUUAUUCUUUUAUAGAGUCCAGGAAAAUAUUAUAGUUAGGCUCUGAUCCCUACUUUAGAAUGUGUUUCAUUGGAAUCUGUGGCAGUUGCAACUAGGUAAACAACCCACUGAGGUAUCAGCUUUUAGAGACAGGGGCAUUAUUCUUUUCUGAACUUGUGUCUGUAUGUGGCAGUGAUGCUUAUUACUCUUCAUACAUAAAUAUGUCUGGAUUUAAGAUGCCUUGGUUCCCCUGUCUUCUAAAGCUGUAAUACAAAAGAUGAAAGUAUUGGAUUUGCAUGUGGGAAACUUUGGUUCAAAUUUCUUCUCAGCCGUGAAAUUUUGCAAUAUGAAAUGUUAAAACGAUCUUAGACAAUUAUUUACUUUCCCAAAGCAGGUUGAGAUACUUUUGGCUGCUUUCUUCAGUUUGGGACUGGUCUCAGAGGCCCAUGAAUCCUUGAUUUGCAAGUGUCAUUUUGGUGCUUCAGUGAUCAGGAAAUCUGCAGUGGUUUAAGAUUAUGGGCUCACAAAUUGCACAUUUCAUGCAAGUUGAAAAUUAUACUUUGUGAAAAAAGUGGCAAAAAGAAAGCUGUGAGCUACCCCUAAGUGCUUGCUUGUCAUCAAAUAGAAGAUAACAAAUAUUGUUAAAAGAGCAUUUUCUCUCACCAUAUAGGAGAAUGAACUUUCUUCUUUAAGGUAACCAUAUAUUCAGAAAUAGGUGUGUGCAGCCAAUUUAUACUGUUUUUCCCUGCAUUGGAGAAAGCCUGCAUUUACUUUUUGAAGUUAUUUAGGUUCAUAUUAUGUAGAUUUUUUUUCUAAAUUAGGAAAGAGGCAUGAAUGAAUAAUCAGUAGUGAUAUUAGUGUUUUAAAAUAUUGACAAUUUUUCUCUUGAAGAUACGGUCAUAGUUUUGUUAGUGAAAAUAAACAGAUGGCCACACUGAAUGCGGUAAUUUCAAGACUUGGUUCAGUGGGCGACUCGACAAACAGUUGAUCUAUAAAAUUCUCUUCUUGUUCUGGCACUCAUUUUAUACAUACAUUACAGCAACAGAUGCUUGAUGCUGAUACUAGUUCACUUCUCUCUAUUCCCUUCUUGAAAUAUGUAACUUUUGCUAUGCACACCUAAUGUGCUUACAGUGACUUUUCUCUCUCUUCCUUUUUUAACAAUUGCUCCUCUCAGCCACUGCUUUUAAUUGUGUUAUUGAGCAAAUCUAUUGACAAGCAAAGAGAUAUAUUUGCAAAUAUCUUUGAAGGGUUUUUAAGCCAAAAUCAUUUUGUCACCACCUACAUAUAAAAAGGUUGGCAGCAAUGAAAUCAUGCUGUUAGAUGAACUCUAAAACAUUACGUGACUGGCUGUCCAGUAUUUUUGUAACUUGUGUGUGCAACAGAAGAAUAGAAAAAUAUUUUAUUUGGGUUUAGUGAGCUUUUAAGUUGUGAGAAAGAACAGGUAUUAAAAUGGUCUGGUCCCACAACCUUCAUCCGGAGCAUUAAUGAUAAUAAGCAUUAUGUCUGAUCUUCUUUGAUAUACUUAAUAGUGUUGUUCCUUUUCAGGGAGACCUCUUUCAUUUUUCAAAGAGUGCAUAUUUUGUUUGGUUCAAUUUUCUACUAAGUGGCAAGUUAAAUAAUGCACAAUUCACAUAAAUUGUUUGCAGCCAAACUUUGCUGAGAGAGGCAACUUGAUGACAUUGUUUUAAAUUUUCACUUAGCAGUUAAGAGUGUGAACAUCAUUGACAGGACACUGGUAUUUGGCAGUCAUUCAUUUGUGUGCAAGUGGAGGCCUGCAAGAACUGGUAAUUACUACUUAUUGAAAGUGCCAAGUGUCAAUAUGUACCAUUCCAUCACUGAAACUAGCCAUCCUUUACAAGCUGAAGAGCAGGAAAUAGGCAUUGAUCCCCUGCAAAGUUAUGUGAACAAGCCUGAUGAAGAUAUGUCAAAUGAGAAUGGAAGACUGCAUCAUACUUCGGAUUCUGAUGGAACAUUUCUUUCAUAUAGCAAAGAAUGGGAAGAAUUAUUUGUAAACAACAAUUACUUGGCAACAAUACGGCUGAAGGGGAUUAAUGGGCAGCUGAGAAGCAGCAGGUUCCGUAGUGUUUGUUGGAAGCUGUUUCUGAAUGUUCUCCCCUCUGACAGAAAUCAAUGGAUCAGUAAAACAACAAAAUUAAGAACACUGUAUAACAAGAUUAAAGAAAUACAUAUUACAAAUCCUCGAAAAGCUGGACAACAAGACUUGAUGAUCAACAACCCACUUUCACAGGAUGAAGGGAGUCUUUGGAACAAAUUUUUCCAAGAUAAAGAACUUCGAGGAAUGAUUGAACAAGAUGUGACAAGAACGUUUCCUGAAAUGCAGUAUUUCCAAGAAGAGAAUGUGAGAAAGAUUCUUACAGAUGUUCUUUUCUGUUAUGCUCGGGAAAAUGAGCAGUUACUUUACAAACAGGGAAUGCAUGAACUCCUCGCACCAAUUGUCUUUAUUCUGCAUUGUGACCACCAAGCUUAUCUACAUGCAAGUGAAGCUGCACAGCCAAGCAGUGAGGAAAUGAAAGCUCUUUUGAACCCUGAAUACCUGGAGCAUGAUGCCUAUGCUAUGUUCAUCCAUCUUAUGAAAACAGCAGAACAUUGGUUUUCUACCUAUGAGCACGACAGUCAAAAGGAGAAAGAUGCAAUGAUGACACCUGUUCCGUUUGCUAGACCACAAGAUCUGGGCCCAUCAAUUGCUAUAGUAGCGAAAGUAAAUCAGAUUCAAGAUCAUUUGCUAAAGAAACACGAUAUCGAACUCUACAUGCAUUUGAACAGGCUAGAGAUUGCUCCCCAGAUUUAUGGACUGCGAUGGGUAAGACUUCUAUUUGGGCGAGAAUUUCCCCUCCAGGAUCUUCUUGUCAUCUGGGAUGCUUUAUUUGCUGACAGCAUCACUCUCAAUCUAGUUGACUAUGUUUUCUUAGCCAUGUUGCUAUACAUUAGAGAUGCCCUAAUAUCAAGUAAUUAUCAGACCUGCUUGGGACUUCUGAUGCAUUAUCCUCCAAUUGAAGAUGUCCACGCAUUGAUCUUGAGAGCUCUUUUUCUCAGAGAUCCAAAGAGAAAUCCAAGACCUGUGACUUACCAGUUUCAACAAAAUUUGGAUUACUACAAAGCACGUGGAGCAGACUUGAUGAGUAAAACUCGUGUCAGUGCCAAGGUUGCUCCACUGAACAUCAAUAAAGUUUCUAGUAGCUUACUGAAUUUUGGUCGAAAGCUGAUUUCCCCAGCCAUAACAUCAGGUGGUACCACUGGGCUAGUUGUAGGUAGCAGUGGCAGCUUUUCUUCUGUUGCAGUGCCCAUUAGGAGCUCAGUGGAGCUCCCUCAACAACAGCAGCAGCAGCAGCAGCAGCAACAACAGAGAAUUAUGAAAUCUGAAAGUGUACCAGUUCAAUUAAGCAAAGGAGAUGUAGUUACAGGCAGUGAUGCUCAAGUGUCGGUUCCUGUCCAGAAUCUAAGUGCCCUCCAAGGGAUAGUUGCUACAGCAACCCAUGGGCAGGGUUCAAAAAAUGUCAGCGCUUCUCCAAGCAUUGAAAGUUUUUCUGGGGGACGUGAAUACACAGGGUCUCCACCUUUGUCUGCAACCAAGAAAGAGUCCUUUUUCAGUACUAUUUCCCAUUCUCGUUCGCACAGCAGAAGUAUGAGCAAAAAAGAGUCUGAAGAAGAACUGGAAGCCCAGAUUUCAUUUCUCCAAGGGCAAUUGAAUGAGUUGGAGGCCAUGUGCAAAUACUGUGCAAAGAUGAUGAAUACACAUCUGGGAAAUAUUCAAGAAGUCAUUCUUCAUGAACACUUGGAGAAGGAAGAUGAAAUUCUAGUGUCUUUGGCUGGAUUGAAGCAGAUCAAGGAUAUUUUGAAAGGUUCCUUACGUUUCAAUCAGAGCCAGUUGGAGGCCGAGGAAAAUGAACAAAUCACAAUAGAAGAUGAUCACUACUGUUCUAACAAUCAGACCAAGGAGACAAAUGAAGCUGUAGAAGAGCCUUCAGUUGCAAAGGAGCCCCAGCCUCUAAGGAAGCAGGCUGUGGCCGAUUUGAGUGGAAACUCUGCCAACAAGCACAUGGAUGACUAUAUUCUACUUUCCAAAGAGGAGGGACGGAAUGUUUGUCCUGCUGCGGAGCAUGUGCAGACUGUGCCAACCUGCAAGGAUGUGACCACCAAGAGUGAGGUCCCAUGUCACUCUUCUUUAGCCUUUUCUGAUCCAUUGAUGGGGUCCAUAUCUGCCUCUUCUAGUAACCUCAGUUCCAGCCCUGAUGACGACAGCAGCAGCAACAGCAAGGAUUCUGAUUUCACCAUUGUUAGCCCCUUGGAAAUUUAAGUCAGCCUGUGAGGUCAGCUGUGGCACAUUGACAUGUGCACCUGACACUUAAUGGGACUGGGAAACUCAUAAAACCAGAGCACAGAUGUGGUAAAGGCAGUCCUUUUUCAGCAAGGAAAUCAAGACAACAAUUAUGUAAUGAUUGCCUUUAAAACAUGCACACGUGCAUCUCAAGAUCUAAUGUAUAUUAAAGGUACUCGUAGGUUUACUUUGUUAGCAACUUCUUGGAAUAUUGAAGUAGUAGUAGCUCAUAGUCACUCAUCAUGUAGAAUAACAUGAAGUAUAUAAUCUCGUGGGUAGACAGGUGAGCAUCUUUUCCAAAUGUGGGGAAAGCAAAUGAGCAUCAGCUUGGAUCCUGGCAGAUUUAUUUGGUCUCAGGAGAGAGCGGGGGUACUCUUCCUCAAAACAUGGCAGCUAGAAAAUCUGAAAAGUAAAGGUUUCAGAAUUGCAUCUCAGACACUAAGACAAUUGGCUGGCCUCCUGAACCAUUUCCUGAAAGAAAAAUAACAUGUUGAAUUUACAUACAGCAGAAACCACUAACUGCUGUUCCUAUCAUGCAAAAAAUUUCCUCGUAAAGUAAUACAAAUUAGGUGCACAUUACGGUAGUUGCUUUGAAACAUUUAGACUUUAGUCUCCACUAGAUAUAAACUUGUCUCCCGAUGAAUAAAUUGUAUUGUUGUAUAUUAUAGCCUGGAACAUAUUUUUAUAGCUAUUUCAGGACAUCCACAAUCCCCUCAGGCCCAGGACCAAGGCUCAUUGUAGGGUCAUAAUGCAGCAGUGUUCCUUAGCCAUGUAGAAACAGUUCCCUGGUACUCAUUUUUUAAAUUUAAUUUAAUAUGAGUGCACAUGAUUAUGUAUACAUCACCACAUGGAAGGGCAACAAGAUUCCUCGUGCUUUUUUAUACCAAGGAUGUCAUCUUUCACUCUAGCGCAAAUUUCUCUCACAAUCUUAAGAGUAGGCUAAAAUAUUUCCCAAGGCUGCUUCUGGCCUUGGGAUCAACUGAUAUGUCAGUGUCCAUAACAAGUACAUAGUAAAUAAUGCUGAUAGAGUAGUGGCUAUGUUCCUUUCUAGCUUUUAAGAGUGUAAGUUCUCAAAGUAGCUCUUCCUCUGAAUCUCACACCCAGCAUGGCCAAUUUGAGAAUAACCAGAUGGUAACUGCAGAGAAGAGCUAAAAAUCAGGGAAGCACAGGUCUGAGCGAUUUUCCCAUGGACCUGCUCCUUUCCCAGGGAAUACCCACCCUUUAGCUCUAAAUCAGAACAAACAGAAAUCCAUGGAAAAACCCAAUUGCUGUUUUCUCCAGUUGAGCGCUAAAUAGUGGUUUCCCCCAGGAAAAAGUAGCAGGACAACAGGAAGUAUGCAUAAGCCCAGAGACAUAAUUCUGUUCUCAAAAGGCUUCUUCCUUUCCCUGGCAGCCAGUGCUAAACAGUAUAUGCGGCAUUGCUCUAGAUUACACUGACUAAUAUCACUAAGCCAGGGGGAGAAUUUGGGUUUAUUGAGAUUAAUAGCCCCAAGUGUCUAACCUGUUGGGGAUCUUUCACCUUAGCAAUACAUUGGUGUUGAACAGACUGAAUUUCAGAAAGCUUCUGGCUUGCAGGUUGAACACAAUAAAACUCAAGGGAUGGGUGGGUGCUUGGGUGUCCAGAUAUGCCCACCCAUGCAUUUCUGUAUGCAAAUAUGCCAUGAUAGGGUUUCUCCGGAUCCCAUCAAGAGAGAGGCAAUGGUUCAAUGAUGUCAGCCUCCAAAAAGACCUAAUUAGCCACUAAUCUGGUCUCUCUCUUUUUAACUGCAUUUGGAAAGGAAACCUCUUAGCCGUGAAAUGUGUAACCCAUUAGGGAAGGAGUUUUUACUAAGGGUGUUGUGCUUCAUUAUAUAUAAUUAUCUCUAGGUUCCUUUGGAGGUAACAAACAAACAAAAGUCGCUAAUAUUAAUGCAGCGCAUUCCGCCACCCCCCUCCCCCUCCCCAAAACCCUGUUCUGUAGAAAGAUAUUUUGGUUCUGGUGAAAGAUAUUUUCAAAGAUUUAUCUCAAAGUAAGACACUUUGCUUGUAUGCUUUAGUUUUCUUUUCCAGACAGACACACACAGAGUAUAACCACCGUCAUGUAAUGCAGUUGCAUGGUAAGUGAUAGGGCAUGAAGAUGUUAAUGGUGAUUAAUUGCAGUUGUAACUUACAUUAAGAAUACUUCUACCCCUCCAUCUGCAGCAUGAGUCAUGCUAAACCAAAUUACAACCUGACCCCAAAGCAUAAGUGUUACAUAACGGAUAGCUCUCCUGAGAAUAUUGCCCCUGUCAUUUUGUACAGGGGAUUGUGGGGUUGGGAGAUGCGAGCGGUGGGAAAUUAUUACCGUAGAUCAUAUUUUGCCCUGAAGUGAAUGGAAUAAGAUUGUUGGGUGAGUUUGCUCUCCUAGAAGUCAGUUGAGCUAGCAAUACAGUGGUACUUUCUCCUAGUUCUGUAUCCGUGAAUGUUCUGGGCAGAUGACCCAAAUUAACAGGUAAUAGCUAUUGAACAGUGGCAGGUUCACAUUUACAUAUUCAGACACUUUCAAGUAAUUCUUCACAAGAUGAUGCCCUUGUGCCUUGUAAAAGUGGGAGUAAUACUGAGAGGUUGUGUAAAGAGCUUAAUAACAAAUGCAGUUUGUGAAGUCAUAUUGCUGUUCUUCUGCAUGCAAGACCUAAAACAUACUGUGGUUAUGCAAGGUUUCUGUGCCAGCUUAAAUCUAGCACUCCUUCUCAUUUAAACUUACACAGUAAACCACCUCAGGAUUCAUCCUUUAUGGCCUGUGCAGGCUUUUUUUAGAUAUAAUUUCCUUUGAAUUUGUAAGGAUGACAAAAAUGGAUUACAUAGCUGGUGAUUAAUUUUGAUCCUUUAAACGUGACUAACCUUUCUGUUUAGAUUUGUUUCUGUUAUAAAACAGGGGAAAGUGCCAUUUGGAGCAAACUGCUUUUUAAAAUUGGGAAACCAAGUAAGAGAGAAACUGUAGUAUGGUAUAUCAUCUUUCAUCAUGUGGGGGUGGGGGAGUUCAUAGAGGGUUUAGUAAUUUUGUUAUGAUUGACCCUUGCUGUCUACAGAUAAUUCAGGGAUCAUAUUAUUUUUCUUGUCAGAGCUGUCUUAGUGCCAUGAAACAAUGCAAUUUAUUUUAUUUUUUGCUCUUAUCUUGUUGUUGUUUUAAAAAAACAUGUUUGCUAUAAUUAGUAUAACUUUACUUCCUCAAUGCCUGUAAUUAUCUCUGGUUUCAGAAAAAAAAACAGUGCUUUACUGAAGGACAGCAAUGAAACCUAAGUAACUCCAUUAGAGGAGUCAAAAUUGGUAACCCUAUGACACAGUCUAUCUCAAUGCUAUACUGGAAUUUGCUUUUUUGAUAAUUCUGGAAGUGCUUGAUUUUAUAUGCAUGUCGAUCCAGAAUGACUACCAUAAUAUUUGGUCAUAGUAAUCCCAUAUUGCCUUACAUUUGGAUUCCUAGAUGGUACUUUCCACUUUAAAGUACCAGUUUAUUAUGUCUUCUAAAAUUAACUUACUCAUCUUGUUCAUGGGUAUCAGUAAUCUAAUAGAAAAUAAUAUGCAGUAUAAAUGGCUGCUUAGUACUAAUAUGUGGAACUCUAAAAUGUUUUUUUUCAGCCUCUUAGAGUCUCGUCUGAUUCUUAUCACAUCUUCGCCACACGGCUCUUUCAAGUCUGUUGCAUGUAAUGUCCACAUCACUGCAUAAUGGUUAUGGCCAUAUAGUGACUGGAUGUUCAUUUUUAGCUGUGGAAAUUUGUAUCUUUCCUCUAGAAGAAUGUCUGACGUACUUUAUUAAAGAAAGAACUAACAUGCA